AUGACAUCUGCACGGUCCUUUGAGGCUAAGAAGCUGAAGAUCCUAGGCUCUCUAUCUCUCCCUGACGAAGAAUACACGGAUUUGUCACCCAAGGGCUCUGUAGAUGUCGGCAUUAGAGGUUUAAUUCGGGACAUUAACCGGCUCCAAGGACUUGUGACAACGAGCAGCUGCGCUGGCCGGAUUAGCGUUUUCCUUGAAGGGGCAAGGUUGAGCGCAGAGCCGUCGCAGGACGGUGGGGAACGAGAAGAAGAAGAAGAAGUUGGCGGGGAGUUGUCGAGUGCUCAAACGAGACAAUUUGCCUCGACUGGCGGGAAAGGCAGCGGAAAAUGGCAAUUUGUCUCGCAUGAUCCUGUGAAUAUCGACCAAUCUCGCCACUCCUUCCACGAGCUCUUCGGCCUCCAACCUGGAAACGGCUCAAUGAAAGCGGGAAAAAACAGAGAGACGCAGCUUGUGCGUUUUCAUUUUGAGCCAAUGAUCCUCCAUAUCAUGGCAGAGUCCCUCAAACAUGCCCAGCCUGUCCUGGCCGCAGCAUCAAGUGCCGGCUUUCGCGAAAGCGGCAUCCAAAGCCUUCGCUGCCUUGAUGACUCGAACGCUUGCCCCAUUGUGGCCGUGAGGUCAUCUGGAUUGGCGUUGGAGUCCAUUAUUGGCUACGUAGAGAAAGGGAACUGUCCGGAAGAGUCCACUGUCCGGAGUCUUGUGAGCGAAGAAUACCUCCGCAUGCUCGUUUCUAUCGCCAAUGAAAGGUUCCAAAGCAACUACGCUCGAAUGGACAGAUUUCGGACCAAAUUGUUAGCCCUAUCUUCGGGAUCUCCAUCCAACUUAUCGUCCCAGAAAAGGGAGUGGGAGGAUGCCGACCGAAGGAGGGAGAGGAAACGUGCUGAAGGACUACAAAGGAGAGAAGCGGCAAGAAAAGCCGCCAAACCGAAUGAUAAGACACCCGAAAGCGAGGAUGAGAUGCCUCUUGAUUUCCCUGACGCCCAAGGGUGA